UAUAGAUAUGGUUUGUUCUGUACUUGAGAAACUCAAUUCAUAGAGAAGAAGAAGAAUGAUGGUCAAAUCUAUCCAGCUUCAGCUAUGCGGCUUUGUUACCCAACGCUGGUCUCUUAAACCUCGAUCCUCCCUUUCAUUCUCAUCACUAUCAUCACUUUCCCCAAUUUCAAACCCUAACCCUAACGCUUCUUUCAAACUCCUUCCCACCCCUCGCAUCACUCGAUUCGCUCCGUUUCGCGCUUCGUCAUCGCUUCAAUCUUCUGGAAAUGUUCGGAGUAUCAAGUUCUGUCAGUGGUGUGGUGGUUCAACUAAACAUGAUGUACCUGAGGGUGAAGAAAAAUUGAGAGCCAUAUGUACAGUUUGUGAUAAGAUUGCUUAUCAAAAUCCCAAAAUGGUAGUUGGUUGCCUCAUUGAACAUGAUAAUAAAGUCCUCCUUUGCAAGAGGAAUAUUCAACCAUCUCAUGGUCUUUGGACGCUUCCCGCUGGCUAUUUGGAAAUUGGAGAGUCAGCUAUGGAAGGUGCUGUAAGGGAAACAAGGGAGGAAGCAAAUGCAGAUGUAGAAGUAAUUUCUCCCUUUGCUCAAUUGGACAUUCCUUUAAUUGGCCAAACAUACAUGAUAUUCUUAGCAAAGCUGAAGAAGCCCCAUUUUUCACCCGGUCCAGAAUCAUCAGAAUGUCAACUUUUUUCACUUGAUGAUAUACCUUUUAAUUCUCUAUCCUUUUCAUCAAUGGUGGUUACCUUGAGUUUGUAUGUUGAGGAUAUCAAGGCUGGCAAGCCCAAAUUUCAUUAUGGAACCAUUAACAAAAGACCGGGUACAAGUCCUUCUGAUAUUCGCGCCUACACACUGGAUCAUCACAUGUACACAUGAGACAUGAUAAACGGGUUACAGUAAAGUCAGUGGAUAUUUGAAGAUUGUUACUAGAAGAAAUUUAAAAUCUGCUAGCCAGAAGAUUGCUGUGUCUUCCGCAGAGACCCGAGCAUUCCUGGCUUAAGUUUACCAUUUGUCAAAAGACAGACAGACAGUGUUUCAGUUUAAGAAACAACCAUUGUGCUUGAUGCCAACAAAUUCCUGGUGGAUUCUUAGUUUGAUAGAUUGUUGCUAUUGUAGGAGUAAGAUGGAGACUUGUUUUGGCCUAAUGGCUUUGCCAAAAUUGUAAACAUAAACAUUCUUCAUGAUAAAUGAAAUUCUUUUUUUUUUA